GAGAUAUCUUUGUUUCUCUUAGAUAAGAUCUUGCAGAUGGGUAGCCUCUUCAGUUCCUGGGAUGCAAUGACAAGCUAGGUGGGAGUAAAGUUGCCUUUGCAGGCAUAGUUUUACGUAAGAUGUAAAACAGAUUAGCUUUUUAUCUCUAGACCAAAGGGGAGUUUGAGAGGGUAAGGUGUGCAAUCAUUCUAUGUGCUUACUAGUUUGUUAUGCAUGUUACAUAUAUACAGUUAACCUUAAGAAGAUUCGUUUUGGCUGUUCAACAUUUUUAGUAAUGGUGGUCACUUUAAAAAUUUAUUAUCGCUAUGGUUCAAACAAAACAUUUAUAUGGUGUUUUUGGUGCAUUAGACUUUGCCUUGGGACGUGGUCUUUCUGUACUGUAGCAGAAUUCUCUUGGAGUAAGCAGCUGUUCACAUUGAUUUUAAAUGGACUGUAUGUUGUGCAAUAAAACGUAAACACAGAAGGUUAAAUCUGACAGUCAGUCCCAAGUAAAGAAGGCCAACCGAACCGAGUGGAAUUUGUUAGAUCAGUGCUUAUUUGAGUUCCAUUUAUCUGAUGGGCCUGUUUUAGUUGGAACUUACAAUUAUUACCCCUAAAUUGCUUUUGAGCCCUGUUUAAGUUGUACAGAACUGUGUUGUUGUUGUUGCUGCUGUUAGUAAUAUGAUCCUAGAGGAUAAUGAUUCUAGUGAUUCUGAGGGAAUCCCUUUACCCAAAAGAAUUCUUGUUAAACUUGGUGAAGAUAAUGAGGAACGAAUGCUUGAGAACACUGUAGGCUACUGUGCCAUUGGCAGUUGGAUCUUCAAGCCAUUUAUUGCAUCUGAUGAGAGAAUUGUCUUGUCUUCCUGCCCCUCAACGUCAUGGGAAAUACUUCACAAAGAACUUGUCACCAUUUGAAGGGGAGACAAAUGCAUUCCAGACUAGAACAUGGCAACAUUCCUCCAUCAGUAUCAUUAGAUAACUAACUUCUUCAAACAGAGGUGAAAGAGGAGUAGACGUUGUAAGAAGAUGCUAGGAUCAGAACGUGGUGUGGUAGAAGAAUGGCUAUCAGAAUUCAAGGCAUUACCUGAAAUGCAAAUCUCCAGUUAUGCAGCAACACUUCAUCGGAAAAAAACAUUGGUGCCAGCUCUCUAUAAGGUCAUUCAGGACCCAGAUAAUGAGCUUCUGGAGCCUGUCUGCCACCAACUGUUUGAACUCUAUCGUAGUUCUGAGAUUCGUCUCAAAAGGUUUACAUUGCAGUUCUUGCCGGAACUGAUUUGGGUUUAUCUGCGUCUUACUGCCAGUAAAGAUAGGCAGAGCAAUGGUUGCAUUGAAGCCCUGCUUCUUGGAAUUUAUAACUUGGAAAUUGCUGACAAAGAUGGGAACAAUAAAGUGUUAUCUUUCACCAUUCCUUCCUUAUCCAAGCCAUCUAUUUACCAUGAGCCAUCUACUAUUGGAUCCAUGGCUUUGACUGAGGGAGCACUAUGUCAACAUGACCUUAUCCGAGUGGUUUAUAGUGACCUUCACCCUCAAAGAGAAACAUUCACAGCACAAAACAGGUUUGAGGUUCUGGGCUUUCUUAUGCUGUGUUACAACUCUGCUAUUGUCUAUAUGCCUGCUUCUUCCUAUCAGUCACUUUGCAGGAUGGGCUCCAGACUUUGUGUCUGUGGAUUUCCACGGCAACAUGAAAAACCCUGGAAGGAAGAGUAUGGCAGAGUGGUACUGGAUCCUGACUUCAUGGUACAACUGCUCACAGGUGUCUAUUAUGCUAUUUACAAUGGGCAGUGGGAGCUUGGCCAAGAAGCACUGGAUGACAUAAUUUACAGAGCACAGCUUGAACUUUAUUCUCAGCCUCUGUUGGUUGCAAAUGCUAUGAAGAACUCAUUACCCUUUGAUGCUCCUGAUGCAUCGCAAGGAGGACAGAAGGUCUUGAAAGUAGAGGUUACUCCAACAGUGCCGAGAAUUUCUCGGACUGCUAUUACAACAGCUUCAAUCCGUCGACAUCGCUGGAGAAGAGAAGAUGGCUUUGACUUCUCAAAUGAUGCUGACUUGAGCAUUCCCGGAUCUCCGAUCCUACACGGCUCCACAGACCUAGGGAUCAAACGCAAGCAAGAGGGGGACGUGCUGGUGCUCAGGACCCCUGAGCAUGGCUCACCGGAGCCCAACUUGGCAGCAGCCACAACAGAGGAUCCUGAGGGUAUGAAUGGUAGAGAAGAAUCUGUGAACCUUAAUGAUGCCGAUGAAGGAUUUUCUUCUGGGGCAUCCCUGAGCAGCCAGCCAGUUGGGACCAAACCUUCAUCCACAUCACAGAGAGGGAGCUUAAGAAAAGGAGCAAGUGGACGUGCAGCCAAGGAGAAAGAGAUUGUGUCAGCUACCAAAUCCAUUGAAAGCCCCCGAGAAUCUGUCCGUAAGCAGUAUCUGCACCAGUCAAUCGACCUCAGUAUGGACACAGUUGAAAUGACUCCUACAAAGAAACACUUGAGCCUGCCUGCUGGGCAAGUGGUGCCAAAAGCCAAUAGCGUGAGCCUGAUCCGGACUGCUAGUGCUUCUUCCACAAAAUCAUUUGACUAUGUGAAUGGCAGUCAGGCAGGUUCCAAUGUUGGUGGUAAUGGUGUUACUAACUUGGCGGCUGGCAACACUAAUCGGUUUUCAACCAUCAGUCUACAGGAGGACCGCUUAGGCCAAGCUGGAAAUGGGAAAGAUGACCUUUCAGUGGGGGCUCCUCUGACCAAGCAGUCCCGAUCACCAAGUUUCAAUAUGCAACUGAUAUCCCAGGUUUAACUUUGUUGUCCUUCCUGUCCUUUCUCUCCUUUAUCCAGUUCUUUGAGCAACACCUGCAGCCAUCUUCCUAUAGUGUGAAAAUCCUGGCUUUUGUGAUCUUGUUCAUUUCAUUUUAGAUAUCAUACUAUAUUUUGUACUGAAACAGCAAUAAAACCUCUUUCUCCUCCCCUCCUCCUCCUCCCCCCCACCCCCUGGCCCUGAUAAAUGUGGUUGUGAAGCAGUAUAAAAUGUACUUUAUGCCUUUUCCAUGCCUUCCUUUCUCCUUGGGUGAUGUGCAAUCCAUUGUAGGCUGAUCAGUCCCAUUUCAACACUGUGAGUCUUGAGAAGAUCGGAGGAAAUGGUGAAUGUGAUCCCUAUGAAAAUGAAGCUUUUGCUAUUUUUGAGAAAUAGAAACGGGUUAGUUUUCUCAAUCUAUGGUUCUGCAAAGACUACUGGAUUGUGACUUUAUUUUUUUGUCUCUUGGAACCAGGAGUGCCUCAGAGAUUCUGGUAGGACUUUGGGCCUCUGAGUUAGUGCAAUCAAUUCUGAGGGAGGGGGUGUUGUCAUUGCUCCUGGUGGCUAAAUGCACUUUGAUGUAAAAAUGAGAGUAGUCCUUUGCUACCAUCCUCCACUUUCCCCCCAAAAAGCUUAAUGUUCAGCAACUCAGAGAUAUGAAUGAUCAAGUUGUCCCCCCUGCCCUGUAGAGAGAGUGGGCAGUGAAAUAGGCAGUGUUGGUUACAAUGCACUUUUAAUGGCGUUGUAGCCAUAACUAUUGUAACAUGUCUUCCCCCUCCAGGAUACAGGGUUGUUCUGCCUAUGUGCUAAGACUUUGAAAGAUGAAUUAUGUUUUCUAAAAACCGAGAAGUAGAAAAUAGGCAUAUGGACUCUCCUAUACAACCCAAAACAAUUAGUGCUCAAUAUUGCACCUUUGAAAAGAAAGUUAUGUUUUGUAAGUCUAUGACGUUUGAAAUGGACAAGAAUAGGUGUAUCUUGUGUGAGGGGAUUUUCAGUCUGCAUGCUGUAGUUUGACUUAACAGAAUCACAGAAUAGGCUCGGAAACCUGCAGUAAAGACAGUACGUUCUCCAGCAUGAUUUGCCAGAGACAGGCAGCUGGAAACCUUGAGGCAACAGAAUUGACAUUAAGUCAUUGCCCAAACAGUGGUAUUUUUGGCAGUCUCUCUCUCUCUCUCUCUCUCUCAGAAGAAUAACACUUCACUGCCUAUUUUGAUUAAUCCAUUGCAGCUGCCGUUAUUGCAUCCAGCUAAUGUAAUGGGGGUGGGGGCGGGUUAGAGACAUUCUAUCCCCCUGCUCUACUCAUCUGGGGACCCAUAACGUUGAGCCUACUCUUGAAUGCAUGUGACUGGUGUGUGAGCAAUAUUUGGCAUUUGUGCUGUAGAUCACUGCUUUAAAUUAUAUUUCUUAUUCUAAUGGAAAGUAUUCAUCAUGUUUUUGGAUGGUCUUGUAUAUACAUAAGAAGCAAACGAGGGUGUUGUGCCCUUUUAUCCCUUGUUAUACAUUGACCUGGAAUUGUGCAGGUUAUUAAUUGUAAGAAACAGAUGUAAAUAACAGAUGUCUCCCCUCCGCUGGCAUUUUGUGUGCAUUACAACGAGGAGGAAAGUUGAGAGGAAUAGAAACACAAAAGAUUAUUUUUAGAUUGAUUAAAGUCUAUCAUAUUCAGAAUAACCAAGUGCCAUUACUCUGCUAAAGAACAAUUAAAACAAUUUUUAAAAUGUAACUCACAGCUUCCAUUUCUUCUCAUGUUUUUCCUCCGUGAUUCUUAACUUGAAACUGGACUUUUUUCAAAAGAAACAUAGCCAGGAUAAUAGUAUUUUUGUUGCUGUUGUAAAAUUGAUACAGGGAGUUACAGUUAUUCUGUAGGCGCCCUUAUAUAAUUAAAUAUCAUAUAAUAGAGACUCAGGAAAGUUUUGCGUGUGGCUAAACACAAUUCUAAAUAUCCAGAGUAAUGCUAAACCGUAUGUAUGGUGUAAGCCCAACCUCUUUUGUUUCUGAAACCAGUAAUUCAAGCUAACAAGAAUAGACCCUGGAAAAAUAUAUUCAUAUGAUUAUCAGAAUCCAGUGGCCAGGCUGGGAAUUGUAGUCCCUGAAAGUUAUUUUUUCAGAGUCUGAUCAACAAGGUAUACUUUUGUGAAAGUGGUUAUGUCUCACAGAAAUGCACGUGUGUGCUGAACAUGCCAGUUAGUUUUCUAAAGUACCGAUGGGGACCACUUUUAUCCAAUGGCCAUGGUUCUGUAGAAAUAAUUCCCUUUUAUAACACAAGAGAAGCUAUGGCCAGGAUCCAAAGAGUUGUAUUAGGAGGCCAAAGGAUCCCUGUUUGUGAUGUUCAACAAGUCACCAUGCCACAUGUAGGAUCAUGUUGGAACAUGAGAAAACUCUAGAUUGGGUAUUGUGUGGGCAGAUCAUGGGCACGAAGAUGUCUACAAUUCAGCAUAACUUUAAAAAAAAGUCCCACUGGACAUUCCUUAAGUCUAGGAGCAUACCUAAAGCUGCUUUUUAGAUCCUGGUCCAUGGAUGCAGCAGAGAUGAAGCCAAAAAGGCAAUUAAGUUACGCAAACAACAAAAAAUAUAUGACUAGGACCAAAGUGCUUAUUUGUAUUAGUUCUUUUUAAAGGAAUAGAAAGCAGAAGUUCAAACUGGUUUUAAAGGAACAUGCCAGCAUGCUUCAGUGUGCAGUUAGAUGAAAACAAUAUGCAGACAUAUUGUACAUAUUGAUGACGGAUAGCCUUGCUAUCAGAUUUGAAUGUGUUUAACAGUAAGUUUUUAUUUUAAGGGGUUUGUAGCUUAUUUAUUUUUCAAAAACCAAAUUACGUUCAUGGCCUCAGCAUAUUAAAAUGACCAAUUUUACAGGUGUAUAUGUGUAUUUUGGAUUGAAGUUGAUUCAUAUGUGGGUGUUGAAACUGAAACUGCUUAGUUCUGUUCUUUUCUGUUGUGAAAUCAGAUGUCAUGUACUGUACUUUGUUUCUUUUUAGUGCCUUUUUUGGCAUGUUAUGAAAUCAAAUCUGUUACAAACGUUUGCUUGCUCUUUUGCCUCAAACAUUGCUUUUCUUGUACACUUUUGACAUAGCUUUCAGAUUCUAUCCCAGUUUUAAUAUGCAAUUUCUGUGUACUGUGUACUCAAGUGGUUUGCUUACAUUGUCACAUGGCCCUUUAUGUUAUGUGACAGAUCAGUGCUGCUGAACAUCUUUCUUUAAAGCUGUGUUGCUUACCUGCUGAUAGUAAGCAGUCAGUUUAAUGGGUCAUGUUGGUGCUGUUUUGGCAUCUCUUGAUGUAUCUGCUGCUCUAUACUAAAGUGACCCAAAGUUCUACUGAAUACACUGUACUGAUGCUUUGUGGUUAUAA